GGGAGAAGGCGCGCGGGUUCGAACGCGCGGGAGUGAUGGCGGCGUUGAGAAAUCUUAUUUCAAGCCAUGAAACCCGUGUUGUUGCAGGCGCUCUGCUGAGGACGGGGCAGCCGCUGCCCCCCAGAAAAGGAGCCGCGGUUCUACCGAGACCGAUGGCUUAUCCUUCGAGACUCCUGUGAAGAAACCGAUGACGGGCUUCGCCGAACGUCCGUCUCCACUCAAGAAACCCAGAAAUAAUGGCUCUGCUUCAACAAUAAAAUGGUCCUCGAGCUCUGGUGAUGAGAUGAAGGAAAACGAGGUGAAGCCGGCGCUACCGAGGAGGUUGGAUAUUUCUCCUCUUCAAGCGACCAGCGUUCCCAUGGCCACACAGAGCGGAUCCUCAGGGGAAUUAUCCCCAAAAACGGCGUCGUCCUACAAGCCACUCAUUCCCGUGGUGUCUUUUUAUAGCAAGGAGAAGCGGUACCUGACUCUUGUGGAGAGGAAACAGUUGAGUGAGAGCCGCUUUUUGGGUGAGGAGAACAGGGGGGAACGUCUCCCCACUGCCAGCAAGAGUGAGAAGAUGAACGUGAAUGUGAGCAGGAACACGAGCAUAAAGCCACCCAAGCACGCAACCAGCUCCAAACAUGGCAAAACCGUCCCCAAAACGCUCAAGAAGGCAAAGGGAGGCGCCCCGGUGGGAAAAGCUGCUGUGGAGAAGGAAAAUGUGAAUCCCUUAAUUAAAAAGAAGAUGGAUUCACCCUUCAGAGUGCUGAGCAUGACGGUGAAACCAGCCCUGAAACUCCAGCUGGGAGCUGCGUUCUUUUCUGCCAGGAAGAGGUCGCACUCCAAGAAACCUGUUGUGGACACCAGAUCUCUGCAAGAAAACGAUCAGCCCCGGCCCCCGGCAGCUGCAAAGUCUGAUUGGGCUGAUAGAAACAAAGCUCUGGAGGCGGGUGAGGUGUUGAGGAGGAUUCCCGCACCUCAGCAGAUGGGAGGUGAAGACAAGGAGGGUUUCACGAGGUGUGUGAAUCGAGAGAGAGAUUCGGCGUGUGAAGGAAAAACGUCCCCGCAGGAAAGUGGAAGCACCUCGGGUCUGUUCGGUGCAAGAGGCAGCGAUGCCGAGAACGCGGAAGGUGAUGAAGUUGGUUCUUCCACCACCUGUGAGUCGGACGGUUGCGUUAUCACCUCCAGCCACUCUCCACUUCAGGCCAAGAAACGAGCGUCUCCUUCCAACGCUGUCGUCUAUCCCAUAUUCAGCACAGCCCCGACCAGCAAGAAAAGGCCGCAGGCUGCACUGGAUGAACUGACUUCUCCGUUUGGCUCCAGCCCAUGCGCAAAACCGUCUCACACCUCGCAGAAAAGCAAGAAGGCGAAGGAGCUGAGCAGGAGCUCCCGGGACCAGAUGAUCAUCGACGCGGGACAGAAGCAUUUUGGUGCCGUGGUUUGCAAGUCGUGCGGGAUGAUCUACACGGCGGCCAGCCCGGAGGACGAGGCGCAGCACAUCCAGCACCACGAGCGCUUCCUCGAGGGGCUCAGAUACGUGGGCUGGAAGAAAGAGCGAGUUGUGGCCGAGUUCUGGGAUGGGAAAAUUGUCCUGAUCCUUCCAAAUGACCCGAAAUACGCCGUCAAGAAGGCAGAAGAUGUGCGAGAAAUUGUAGAUAAUGAGCUGGGCUUUAAGCAAGUUUCUUUGAGCUGCCCAGCCAAGACGAAAAUGUACUUGUUUGUGUCCAACGAGAAGAUGAUCAUCGGGUGCUUAGUGGCUGAGUCAAUCAAGCAGGCGUUCCGGGUGCUGUCGGAGGCGGGAGCCGCCGCGUCCCCCGAUCCGCACGCCCCGCCGCAGCCCCAGCGCGCCUGGCGCUGCUCCAGCCGGGCCGAGCCCGCGCUCUGCGGCGUCAGCAGGAUCUGGGUGUUCGGGCCCCAGCGUGGAAAAGGCAUCGCCCGGCGCAUGGUGGACGUGGUCAGGAGCACCUUCAUGUACGGCUGCUACCUGAGCACCGACGAAAUCGCCUUCUCCGACCCCACCCCAGAUGGCAAGUUAUUCGCAACAAAAUACUGCCAGACCCCCAACUUCCUUGUCUAUAAUUUUAUUUAUACCAACUGAUCUAACGUAUCAGUACAAGUUGAGCUUAAUAAUCUAAAGAUCCAUGUUGAAAUGAACACUUGAGCCUUGCUAGGCGGCUAAAGGCCGUUUUCCUGCUGAGCGCGAGUUCUCCCUGCCCGUGCGAGCGAGCUGGGGCAGAACGGGUCACUUUGUGUACAGAGUUGUCUUACGGGUUAGUGUUAACGGUAGGUUUGUUUCUACUAAAGUUAAAUUUUAUUGUGAGUAACUUAAAAACUUUAAUUAAUAUAAAGAUGCUGUUUCCUCCCCGAGCUCCCUGCAGCGUGCGCUGGGAAAGGCAAAAGACUUAGUCCGAGCUGUUGCUAAAUUUAUAUGCUAUGAGAUGUCUUAAAACAACAGGAUUUUCCCCCAGCGCGUAAGGCCUGGGCCCCCUCAUGGUGUUGUGCUGCAGGAGAUGCUGUUGGGGGGCUGCCUGCUCAAUAAAAGGUGUGAACUGCU